GUUGCGGUUCGGAUUUCCAGUGAGCGAUUGAUAGCUCCUUCCCAUUUACUCUUACACUGUGCUCUAUCAUUUCUUCCUUCCCGCCUAUUGUUCUUACCGUUCUUGGAAAGUCACGUAUUACUGUACUAGAGGUACCUACUUUACUAUACUUACUGUACUAUACUGUAGGAUAUCGUUCCUUUUAUCGUGUCAUCCUGGGACCUUGUAUACCAUUCGUGGGUUAAGUCCGGUGAAUAGAAUCUUGAUAUCAGUGUUCAAAGAUGGGAGGCAGCAACGAUUGGGCCCAAAACUACCUUGUCGACCCCCUCACAGCCCCCGAACCCAGCGCCGAGACGGGCCCGGGUACUCGCUUUCGUUCGACAUUCCAGGCACCAUCCGAGAGCAGCACCGCCUCUCUUCUUCCCCCAUCCGCCGUGGCGGCGCUGGAACAGGAGUUCACGGGACCGGACAGCACCAGGCGACAUCUGCCGUCGACCAAUCCAUCCCUCCGUUCGCAACCCGGCGGAGGCCCCAUUAAGAAUAGCAUCAAGCCGACGACCGUGAACAUGCAAGGCGGAGCGAAUGGGUAUCUCACCCCGCCGACUUCUGCGAGUCCCCGCGUUGCGACGUUCGAAGACCCGCGUACCACACGAACUUCGCCGCGUCCGAACUUGCCGAAAAACCGGAGCAGCUCGCACAGUGGCAUCGCCCGACCGCUGCCGCCCUACCAGCAUUCCUCCCCUCCUGGUCACCGUACACACGGUCGGGGAGAUUCGUUGGGCGGCUGCUUCCCGGGGGAUCAAUCCUACACGCCGCUGCAGACCAUCCGAUCCGACAGCAAGCGGGCGAACCGCUCCCCGCAUCUGAAGAAGCGCCACCAGCCCCGUCCGGACACCAUUGACAAACUGGACAUCACAUCGGGCAUUCCGUACCACCACGAGGGGCCGUUCGAUGCGACGCUCGCGGCGAGAAACGCCAACUUCGAGAGUAGCCCGUUGGAGGCGGUCAGGGAUAGCAACGAGGAGGCGUUGCGGGCCGCCCCACGCGAACGGGUCAUCGAUUCGGUGCGCGGUCACCGGCCGUUGGUGGGGGUCGCAUCGGUGCCCCCGGGCGAGAUGGACCGGUUCGGCAGACAGAUGGAGUACCAAGAGGGGGAAAAUAUGAUGACUGAAGGUGACAAUGCGUACAAACGCUGGCCGGGAAUGAAAUACCACCCAGACGAUCACAAGGGUAAAGGCGAGCCCAGUUUCUCCGAGGAUCGUGCCGCCGAAGAGAAGCGAGUUGCGAGCGCCGAACCAGGUUUCGAUGAACGAGGCAUCCCAAUGCUGACUCGUAACAAGACUACCGGUAUUGACGGGGAACCAGGCCAAGGCAAGGACACAGACGAUGUUGGUCUACAAAGGAGCACAAGCCGUCGCGCCAUCGGCGAUGGACUGAAGAGAAGACUUGGGAGUCUGAGGAAGAAGAAAGACUGAACGGUUCGAAUUCUUAACGAGAAAAUAUGAAAGAACCCUUGAAAUUGGUGCACACAAGUUGGAGUGAGGUAAUUAGUAAUUGGUACAGAUCGGAUAACACGCCGAACUGAAUGAUUCGGCAAUUGGAAAUGGAAAAAUGGGAACUGCCCUGCUACCUAGCUGGCUGCUCAGGUUAACAUCGAUACACCAUCCAUAGAGUAAUAGCAUAAAGAAAAGCUGGCGAUUU